GGGGCUCAGGAAAUUCAGGAAAACUACCAACAAUAUUGGUAUUUUACAUUGUUUACUCAGUCAUUAAUUAGUUUUUGUUUCUAUUCAAAAAAAAAAGAUAAACUCAUGGAUAAGAGCAUUUCAACUGAUUUUUUUAUCGGAUCAUACAGAUAAUGUAUGCUAAUAUUCUAAGGUUUUUUACACAAACAUAUCUCCUUAAUUAUUUUACUGUAACGUAAACUAUGGUAAAAUAUCUGUGUCUGCUCUUGAAUUUGUCGGUAAGAGAGAUAUAAUGUAUUUUUUUAGAUCAACCGUUCAUUUCAGAUUAUUGAAUAGAAACAAAAUGCCGAAACGGAAACGCAAGGAGAAGAUACCGACCGGGGUUUUAAUUCCACAGACAAAGAUCACCUCUAAAAUGAUGUGCAGGAUCUGCGACCAGGGAAAGACCAAUGAUGUACAUAAAUCUGGAGAACUAUAUAGUCUGACUGUAGGAGAUACGGUGCACUUCUAUCAUUACUUCUGUCUGCUUUUUUCAAGCGAAGGAGAGCAGAAUGGAGAGAAUGAGGGUGUCCUUGGAUUUCUUCCUAAAGAUAUUGAAAAGGAGUACCUGAGAGGAUCAAAAAUAAGCUGUUAUAUAUGUAAAAAGUUUGGAGCUACCAUCAACUGCGUUCCUGAUAGCAAAGCAGCAAAAUGCACAAGAAAAUAUCAUUUUCCCUGUGGAGCGUCUUAUUCUUCGCCUGAAAACGAACACUUCUUUCGAUUCGAAGGCACUAAUAUGAAGUCUUGCUGUCCGAAGCAUUUCCCCACUCAGAAAAGUAUUAAAGGAGCUGUGUACAAAUCUGGAUCCUGUUUGAUCUGUAUGGAGGAUAUAGAGGCAGGCCCAGGACGUGGAAGGCUGGCGUGUAAUAUCUGUUUUUAUACAUUCCAUAGAGAAUGUUUGCAACAACACGCCUACUCUAGUGGCGUAGAAUCCUUUAAAUGUUCCCACUGCAACAGCCUUAAGCUUGCAGAGGACGCCAAGAACCUGGGUAUUUAUGUUCCUCAGAAACCAGCGGAUUGGGAAGAAGGAGAAAACGCCGCGUUCUACGGCUGGAACACUGAGCAUCGCAGAUAUAAAGUAUGUGAAGCUAGUAGGUGUCUUUGUAAAGAAGGGAAACAAUAUGACGUCACAGGAACUAAGUAUGAGCUUUACCCUUGCGACGAGUGUGGAGGGAACAGCAUACACAUGGAGUGCGGCAGGUUGAAUAAAAUGAAUCCCGUGUACAAGUGUGUAGUUUGUUCAAACAAAGAUUCUGAUGAGGAUGAAGAAGAAGAAGAUGAAGAUGAUGAGAUUAUUGAACGAUCUUCUGAUCAAGAGGUGAGUGAUGACGAUGACGUCAUCAUGCAGAAAUUUGAAGAAUUUAAGAAGGUUCAAGAUUCUCCUAGUCAGGAAAAAGAAAACGAGUAUCUAUUAAGUCUUCGUGAAAUGAAUGCGAGGAGAUUAAAGGAGAUCCAAGAUGCACUGAAGGAUGAAGUGAGUAGUAAUGAUGAUGAUGAAAUUGAAGUUCUAGAGCACAGAAAAGGAGUUGAACCUAAAAUUCUUGGUCCGACCGGAAAUCUUCUCACUAUUAAACCAGCAUCCUUCCAUGGGCUAGGCUAUUUCAGGUUGUUAUUUUUUAUUCAGGCGUUUAUCCUUUUUAGAACGGCAUUAAAUUUUAUCCCUUGCAUGGUGACUCAACCUUUUGCCUAUUUGUAUCAUCCCCCAGCAACACCCCCGAUACCCUCUUUGGGGAAUGGGGGGUGGGUAAAGAGGUCUUCCCUGAACUACGUUUAAAAAUAACUUAUCAAA